UAGCAACCCACCCCCCCGUUCAGUUGAUAUCAGCAGCCGCGCUCCCUCGCUCGCACACCCGCCUUCCAUCUGGACCCGCCUCCGAACUCCUCCCUCAUAAUCUCCCUUGUUCCGCUUUCCCAAACACUUCUCACACUUUGCACUCUACGCUCUCUUUCUUGUCGCAGGUCCGUACCUCGAAAGCUUCCAAAUUCGCCCAUCCCAGUCGCGACUACAGAGUCACUCUCCCCAGGCCUCACGAUCGCGCCCGAUCAGCCUGUACACUCAACCCAACACCACUCUGUACAUUCGAAGCGUAGAAUCCCCAUCCACCACCGUCUCCCCCCUCUGGUCGACGGAUUCCUCGGUGCUCCUCGUCCAAUUUCUAUAGUAAUUCCAGCCGGUCUUCGCGCGCCCCGUCGAGUCGAGUUCUUGCUGGCCUCGAAACUCCUCGAUCAUCAACCGUUCCAUCUGCCCUUUGCAUUUUUGAUCGGAGCAGGCUCCUCAACCCAAACGCCCACAGCCCAUAGCCCAUAGCACAGUGUGUGUUCUCGUCGACACCCUCAAUCAACACUCGCUUCAUCGUCAUCGUCCCUUUUCAUCCAUCAGCCGGUGCGCUACUGCUUCAUAGUGGUGGCUGACAGAACCACCACCCCNCAACCAUAAUCAAAACCUGGCUUGACACAUCCGUCACUCAGCCUUACCCUCCUCUGUCUUGUUUCAAUAUACCCACCACCUGUUUGGGAUAUUGCGGGAUCAUCUGGAAUUGUUUCGACUCAAUUGAAUGGCGCACAUGAUGUAUUCACAACAUCAUGCAGCCGCGAUGGCUCCUCCCCAAAAGCCAGAGACCUUCAUGUUAAGCAGUGAAGCCCAACAGAGCUUACCACAGGAUGCCCAAGUCGCCUUGCAGCAAGUCGAUAAUCGUACGUCGUCGAUGGAUACAUGCCAUGAAGACCUCGAGCUAACGUGGAGCAGUCAAAUACUUUUUAAUAUCAGCACCCGUCGACUGGACACCCGAUCAGUACAUCCGUCGAUUUCUUCUCCCCACUGGUGAAUACGUUUCGUGUGUCCUAUGGUACGUACCCGACGUGGUGAAUCGAGCUACCCCACACUAACGUCACCCAGGAACAACCUCUUUCACAUCUCAGGUACCGAUAUCGUGCGAUGCCUCUCCUUCCGAUUCCAAGCCUUCGGUCGACCGGUGAAGAACUCGAAGAAGUUUGAGGAAGGUAUCUUUUCGGAUCUGCGCAACUUGAAGUCCGGAACCGAUGCAUCGUUAGAAGAGCCCAAGAGUGCUUUCCUGGAUUUCCUGUACAAGAACAACUGUAUUCGAACCCAAAAGAAGCAGAAGGUGUUUUACUGGUACAGCGUUCCCCAUGACCGACUCUUCCUCGAUGCUCUCGAAAGAGAUUUGAAGCGGGAGAAGAUGGGACAGGAGGCUACCACAGUUGCUGUCAACGAACCUGCUUUGUCCUUCGAGUUUGAUUCCUCCCAAUCACUCUUUGAGCAACUCACCAAGGCCCAACAAGCCAACUCUUCCUCAUUCUCCGCCCAACAGCCUUCUUUCUCGCAAGCCCAAUCACAAUCCACCUCCCCAGUGAUGCGCGCAAUGGACUCCAUGCCACCCCCACAAAUGAUGCCCCCUCAGAUGCAAGCCAUGCCAGACGACAUGAACCCAAUGGUCGCAUACCAGCAAAUGACCGCCAUGGCUGGACCCAACAUGGCACAGCAAGUCGUCAAGAGAGAGCAAGAUUUUGGUCGCGUUCAAUACAACCAGAAUGGCGUACCAAUCUCGCAAACACACCAACGUCACUCGUCCAUGCCAGCAUACGGCUUGGAGUACUCACCCGCUCCAUCGUUUGUUUCAUCACACUACGAAGAUUACAGCAACCGUGGGAUCUCCUUCGAACCCAUCACUCCACCUCAGCAAGCCCUCGGAAUGGGCGCCGAGCCCGCCUACAUUGCCAAUGAGGAAACCGGUCUUUACACCGCGAUUCCAGACCACAUGGGUGGUGGUAUGCACGGCAUGAUGCAGCUCCCUCCUUCCAACCUUUCCGGUCCACAGUUCUCCCACGCCACCCGUGGAUAUGGCGGCAACAACGUCUACUCUGUCAUUGAAGGAUCUCCAACCUACAAGCAAAGAAGAAGACGCUCAUCGAUUCCUCCAGGAGUCGCUGCAAUCGUCGCUGCCUCAGCUGCCAGUCACCAAGCUCACAACUCUCACCGACCUUCGGAUCUGAGACGAUCUGUCUCUGCAUCAGUGGGACCGGUUGCUGAGGGUGAUGAAUCCGGAAACAACUCCCCACCAGGAUUGAGCUAUAGCCACCAAAUGCCCCAGAUGGCUCAACACCACAAGGAUCUCCUCGAAACCAUGUCUCGACAUGGCACUCCCCUCUCCACGGUGGAGGACAGCCCAGCCAUGAACCCAAUGGCUCUCCAAAACAAUGACUUUGGUUAUUUAUCAAAUGAGGAUCUCUCAGGUGAUGGAUCCAUCCAUAACUCUCCCCGAUCUCAUAUGCAACAACAAGGUCCCAAUGGUGUCGUCCGAAGAGCUCGUAGCGCCACCAUGAUGGAGCUUGGUCCCUACCCCCAAAAGUCACACUCAUGUCCUAUCCCCACUUGUGGCCGUCUCUUCAAGCGUUUAGAGCAUCUCAAAAGGUAUGGUUUAUUUUUCUUUUCAUAUACCGGUCCAAAAUCUUGGCCGCUGACAUGUACCCCUCCAGACACGUGAGAACACAUACCCAAGAAAGACCCUACAUCUGCCCCCACUGUAAUAAGGCAUUCUCCCGAUCAGAUAACCUCGCCCAGUAUGUCAUUUCAUCACGUCACAUGCACAUCAAGUAUCCCAAAACAUGUACUAACGUAUCUUCAGACAUCGUAGAACCCAUGAUCGUGGUGAUGGCUCUGAUGGUCCUUAUGGAUACAGCGGAGAAGAGGAAGAGUACGAGGGUGAAGACAACCUCGGACCUCUGGAGGAAGCCUCACCCAACUCCGAAAAUGGCUACCUCCCAACCAGCAUGUCACAAAGCUUCAACGGCCUUCAAUCCAUGGCGAUGAGCAUGCCCGGUUCCGGCAUGGCGACUCCCAGUCAACUCAUCAACGCCCAACAUAUGAUGCAACAACCGAUAUAGAUCUCUGUCUCGAAAAACAAAGUUUCGCUUCUUUCCUGUCGGCUCGACGGUCGACGUUUUGUUGGACCUCGUCUUCGAUGUUUAUUUUUUUUGUUUAUAUCCUUUUAUUGCAUAGCCUGGCCGGGUUUUCUUGACGACAUAUCUGAUACCCGUGUAUCAUGAUUUUGGUUUCCUUCUGUUUCUUCUUUUUUGGGUGUGGGAAUCCUCGUGUUCUCUUUUUUGGAUGAUGACGAUUAUGAGAUGGCUAUCUUCUUCGGUAUCUUCUUUUAGGGUGGAUGGAUAUUUUUGGAUACUUCGUUUCGACUGGGUUGCGCUGACCUUGUCCCGUACUGGGCCAGGUUUGUUGAAUAGGGAUUCUUCUUUUCUUUGUUGCGAGCUUCGCGUGGUAGGGAAGGUUGGGGUGGGAAGAUACUUCUGAAGAGGGGCCAUUUUGGAUUACCCCCAUUGUUUUAUUUGAAAGUUUGAAAGAGAAAGAGAUAAAGAGGUCUUCUCUAAGACUCUGUUACCUACCUACUAGUACUACAAGAACAAAAUUUCUUUUUUUUUAUUACCAUACUGUUUUUCUUCAUCAGCGGUUCUUUUUGCUACUUUGAUCUCUCUGCUCGGGUAUUGGACGACGUGCUCCUUGCCGCAGGCCUCGGAUAGGGGGUUUGGGUUCAGUUGAGCAUGUUUUGUUGAGGACAUCCUUGUUCCUAUUUUUUGAUGUAUAAAUAUUUUGUCUACCCCUUUUCCUUGAUGGGGGGAUGUGGAUGUUAUUAGAUGAAAAUAAAGCAAC